CCUCUUGGAAACAGUGCCUUGUACGCAUGCGUACUUUGUUCUCUCUCCUAGUUCAAGCUCCCUUCGGAGUCAGCGUCUUGUUCCUUGGGGUUGGGGAGGCGGAUGCAGUGUGGGGGUAAAGCGAGCGCAUCAAAGCAAGCGGCUUGGGGCGUUUGUGCCUCGUGAGCCUCCGUUGCCGCGGGCGUUCGUGUCGCGCAUCCUGCUGGGAGUUGUAGUUCCAGGCCCAGGGGUGCCUGGGAGGCGGGAGAGGGGCUGAGGUUCCUUAGCGCCGAUUCCGCGGGAAGGGCCCAGGGGCCUCACUCUGCGAGUCGCGGGCGCGGCGCGGCUUACCCGGAGAGACGCUGCACGUGGAGCCCGCGCCGCCGCCGUUCCCAGCCGGCUCUGGAGCGCGGCCUAGGGCCACGGGGCGGAUUCCGGAGCUGGACUGAACAUUUGAAAUAUUUCAGCCAUGACUAAGAGAGAAGCAGAAGAACUGAUAGAAAUUGAGAUUGAUGGAACUGAGAAACCUGAGUGCACAGAAGAAAGCAUUGUGGAACAGACCUACACACCAGCUGAAUGUAUAAGCCAGGCCAUAGACAUCAAUGAACCAAUAGGCAAUUUAAAGAAACUACUAGAACCGAGACUGCAGUGUUCUUUGGACGCUCAUGAAAUUUGCCUGCAAGAUAUUCAGCUGGAUCCAGAGCGAAGUUUAUUCGACCAAGGCGUCAAAACAGAUGGAACUGUACAGCUUAGUGUACAGGUAAUUUCUUACCAAGGAAUUGAGCCAAAGCUAAACAUUCUUGAAAUUGUUAAAACUGCGGAAACGGUUGAAGUGGUCAUUGAUCCAGAUGCCCACCAUGCAGAAGCAGAGGCACAUCUCGUUGAAGAAGCUCAAGUGAUAACUCUAGAUGGCACCAAACAUAUCACAACUAUUUCUGAUGAAACCUCCGAGCAAGUGACAAGAUGGGCUGCUGCACUGGAAGGCUACAGGAAAGAGCAGGAACGCCUCGGGAUCCCCUAUGAUCCUAUACAGUGGUCCACAGACCAAGUCCUGCAUUGGGUGGUUUGGGUAAUGAAGGAGUUCAGCAUGACUGAUAUAGACCUCACCACACUCAACAUUUCGGGAAGAGAAUUAUGUAGUCUCAACCAAGAAGAUUUUUUUCAGCGGGUCCCUCGGGGAGAAAUUCUCUGGAGUCAUCUGGAGCUUCUUCGAAAAUAUGUUUUGGCAAGCCAAGAACAACAGAUGAACGAGAUAGUUACAAUUGACCAGCCUGUGCAAAUUAUCCCAGCAUCAGUGCAGUCUGCUACACCAACUACGAUCAAAGUUAUAAACAGUAGUGCAAAGGCGGCCAAAGUGCAGAGGUCUCCGAGGAUUUCGGGAGAAGAUAGAAGCUCACCUGGAAAUAGAACAGGAAACAAUGGUCAGAUCCAACUGUGGCAGUUUUUGUUAGAACUUCUCACUGACAAGGAUGCUCGAGACUGUAUUUCUUGGGUUGGUGAUGAAGGCGAAUUUAAGCUAAAUCAACCUGAAUUGGUUGCGCAAAAAUGGGGACAGCGUAAAAACAAGCCUACAAUGAACUAUGAGAAACUGAGCCGUGCAUUACGGUAUUAUUAUGAUGGGGACAUGAUUUGUAAAGUUCAAGGCAAGAGAUUUGUAUACAAAUUUGUUUGUGACUUGAAGACUCUUAUUGGAUACAGUGCAGCAGAACUGAACCGCUUAGUCACAGAAUGUGAACAGAAGAAACUUGCAAAGAUGCAGCUCCAUGGAAUCGCCCAACCAGUCACAGCUGUAGCCCUGGCUGCUGCCUCUCUACAAACAGAAAAGGACAAUUGAGACCUAGGACCUCCUAGGAAUCUAAGGCUUUUCUUAAAUAUUUAGAGCAAGCUUUGCUCUAACAUUUAUUACUGAAUUUGAAUCUUAUUUCUAGACUGUACAAUCUGAUGCAUGAUUUUUUUUAUAAAUAUUUCAUACUCUUGUGAAUUUGGAUCUUUUUACUUUGAGCAUAUAUUUUAGAAAAUGUGUUAAAGGAUCUCCACGAUGCCUGAAGUCUGAGAGCAGGUUCAUCGUGGGGUAGUUUGCUAACAGUCAGGAAAGCUAAACUGGUCAGUAUUAAUGUCUAGCCCUACCAAAAACAGCCACUAGCGAUUGAAGAUGACAGUAAGGAAGUGUCUCUAGGAAACAGCCUGGUGUAACCGUUGCUGGAGUGAAGCUGUUUCCCCUCUGCUGCUUUACAUAGAGCCGCCAAAAGGAAGUUCUCAGCUAAAGCAUGUGUGCCUGUUUCAUCUAAUCAAGCAGAGCUAAGUAUUCAUAUAGAAUAAAAUUAUAUUGAUAAUUACUGAACUAUCAGGUUAUUAAUUUAUAUAUUUACAAGUAAAGAAUAAGUUAACUGGCAGAAGAGCGUGUUAGAUGAGACCGGUUUAAAGCCGGCUUAACUCAAGCCUUUACUAAUGGUUCUCUGUAUAGUUUAUUAUGUCAGGCCAAGGACUUAAAUUAUUUCGAGAAAGGCGUUUAAUUCUAAUAAACCAGCUAUUGCAAAAAAAUUCCAAAAUAAUACCAUUCUUUGGAUUUUAAAAAGUAUACCUCAGUAAGAAAAUAAAAAUUUGGUUUAGACUUCUUUUUUUAAAAAACUAAUCUAUAGUAUCAGAUUAUUGUGCAACACCAUUUAUGUAUUCAGUUCUGUGUUUCUGAUAAAAUGAAGACUUUAGAUCAGGCAAAAGUACUUAACUUUGAAAAUGUUAGUAAAUUACUUGUGAAUAGUUAUAAAUGGAUUUGGCUUGGCACUGUAGGAGAUCUUUAAAUAAACUUCCCCACUUGUUUCAUUUGUUUUCCUUUUGAAUAUUUCAUAUGUGUCUCUAAAAUAUUAUAUAUAUAUAUAUAUGGCCAGCUAAUCUCUUUCUGCAUGUAUGAAGACAUAAAGAUAUUCAAAAGGGAUACUAUUAUUUCUAAAAUCUUUAAAUAAAUCUUAUAUGAGAUGCCUUACUGCUUGCUAACACUAAGAAGAAAAUGCUAGAAAAAUCUUUUGUUUUAAAGUACUGUACAUAAAUCAUGAUAUGAGAGACUAGCAAAUAGGUGUUCAUAGCAGAAAGGUGUUCCUCAGAACAGUAUAAAGGCUGCCUUAUACGCCUCUCAUUUUAUUCUUUCAAUUCAUGCCCAGAAAUGACUUUAGAAGAAACCCAUUUGAUGUUGGCUAGUAGGUAAAGCACCUGUGAUUGCAGCCUGAUGGUAUUGCUGAGACUAAGCAGUGACUUGGGGUAUAAGGGACAAGAAAGAAGAAUCGUUUACCUCCUACAUCUUAAUUUCCACUGCUAUGCUGUCAGACUUCAGCAAGUAUUGUUUGCUUAUAUUAAGUCCUUUAAGAUUCUACAGUAAGUACUUAAAAACAAUUAAAUUGUGUUUUUUAUUUUUGUUUUUAAUAAACAGUAAGCUGACAAAUAUCAGCACUACUUGAUCCCCAUGAUUUUAAGAAUAUCUUGAGUAUAAAAAUUAUCUCAAGAUCCUUACUUCAGAUAACAAAUUAGCAGCUGUAAAGAAGGCUUUUCCCAUCUUUUUAAAGCCCGCGCCAGAAGUCACUGUUUCAAAACAGGCUAUUUCCAUAGAACACUGAGAGUCUGAGAAUCUUUCAGUUAAAAUGUUUCAGAGACAGGAUGUUAAGGAUAGGCGUUAAUGUUUCAUUUGUAUAAAUGUAUGUUUUUAAGUUAAAGGAACAUCUGUAUUUCUAGGUCCGUAAAAUCUAAUUAAGCAUUUUCAAGUGCUUUUCAAAACAAAACAAGCUACAUUCUGUAGAUUUUCUUUGUUUGGUAGAUUUUGUUCUGGUGGUGAUUUGAGCAGAGUUCUCAGUCGUAAGAUGCUCAUUUCCCCCUCUCUCCUAUGCACUUUCACUCUGGAAAUGAGAGGGUCUCUCCUUUACUCAAGCUUCACAUAGACAGAGAAUAUUUGUUGUCCUUAUGAGGUCACAGUUUGCUAGUCUUUAUUAAAAACAACUCAUCUUGUGAAAGAAAAUACUAAUUUGUGGUAUUCUUUGCUCAGUUUUGUUACACAUUUUUCAUAGGAUUUAAGAUAGUCAAACUAAAAGAACCAUCUUUUAAAGAUGGUUUGACCAUCUUUUGUACCUUGUAAGUUCAAGAAUAAUGAAAUGUUUUUGUUUUAAAAUAAUUUUCAAUUUGUUGUUUACAUUGAGAUCAUUUUAUACAUAUGCUAGCCUAAAGUCUGAACAUUUGUGCUGGCAUUGGAAAAGUCCAGCUAGCUAGGCAGAAUUGCUGUGUGUGCUUGAUCUCCACACGAUGAAUUAACUGAUUACAUUUAUUUUGGUGUCAAUCCAUGUAAAUAAAUUAGGAAAAAAUAUUUAAUUUUUCUCCCAGAUAAAAGGUGAUACUUGAGUGUGGUUAUUUCUUUUAAGGAGUGUACCUCCAAAUAUUUUUGGCAAGUUCUGUCAUUUUCUGCAUUUGCCAUUUAUGCUACUGCCUUUUAUAAAGAACCUAGUGUAUCCUUGAGAUAGCACAAAAAUGUUUUAAAAGUUUGUAACUGCAAAACAAACCUGUGUCUGACUUAAUGUCCUCAACCUAAAGGCUAUAAAAAUGUUGAUAUUUCAAUACUUCACUUAUUCCCAAGAAAAUAAUAUUCUGUCUUUUGUAGAAGGGAGGAGAAUUUUUGCAUACAUUUUUACUCUUUAAAUAAAGACACUUAUACUAUCAUAAUAACAAUUAUGUAUUUCUUUGGUUUUUUUGUAAUUUUACAUAAAGCAGUUAUUUUCUAUUUUUACUCAGAUAAAAAUAUUUGUGCAUAAAAUGUAAAAAUAGUAAAUGAGAAAAAUAAAACUUAUACAAUAAAUU